AUGUCGGGCCUUGAGGUCGCUGGCAUUGUGCUUGGAGCGUUGCCGCUUAUUAUCUCAGCCUUGGAGCACUAUGCGCAGGGUGUCAGCACAGCCAAACGAUUCUGGCACUUCAAAUCCGAGUUGAGAUUCUUGUUACUUCGAAUCAACACGGAGAAGGUCACAUUUGUCAACACCCUUGAGCAUCUCCUUACAGGAAUCGUCAGAAUUGAUAGAAUGGCAGAGAUGUUGGCGAAUGUAGGCGGUCAGGAUUGGCAGGACGAGACUAUCGAACAGUGUUUGAAAGAUAGGUUACGCGGCGCGUAUGAGGUGUACUUGGCCAAUGUGCAGGGAAUGGCAGGAGCGCUACAAAAGAUCAUGGACAAACUAGCGCUGGGCCCUGACGGCAAGCCUCCUUUCUCAGACCUCAAGCUGUUCAAGAAAGAGUUCCAAAGACUGAAGUUUGGGCUUAGCAAAUCGGAAUACACGGAACAACUGAACGAUCUGAAAACGCACAACCAGUAUUUGUCCAACCUCACCAAGCAGUCCCUCGAACUGGAACCGUCGCGCAAAAAAUCUAAAUCAAGCCAGUGUCCCAACUUUCGUGUUCUACAAGAGUAUGCACGCUCCUUGUACGAAACUCUGAAAUCAGGAUUGCGAUGCGGUUGUAGUGGUCACGCAGUCAAGUUACGACUGGAAAGUCGGUGCCAGACUUCGCAGCAAGCAGAGGAUUCACAAGAUCAUACGCCGUUUCGUGUCAUAUUCACAGACGAAAGUGUGGGAACAUCGUCGCCGCGACCAAUAUCAUGCAACUAUUGGAAAUGGACUGAAGCGGACAUCCGGUACAUCGCCGAUAAGCCUGACAAGAAGCCGCCAUACAUGGACAGAGCUCUCACUUCGCCCAAGCCUCUAAAAACGCGUUUGGCGAUACGAAACGCGAACUAUGUAUCGGCUACUUGGUCGACGACGUCAAUCGAAAACACGGCAUCUACCCACUGGAUGUAUCAAGCGGCUCUGAUCAGCAACAAUGGAUAG